AUGAGCUUCCCUCAGCCUCCUCAUCCGGGCGCCAAUGACCCGACGCCUUUUAGCUUGGUAGCACUCAUGAUGUCCAACGCUUUGUCCGACCACGAGAAGAUCGAGUGCUGGAAAACGAUCGACAUCAUCUACGACAACCUUUUGAACGACGAUGAAAGUUUGAGAUCCUUCGCCGAGAUUGCAAAUGGCAUCCAACAACAAUUCCAUAAUCCUUCUCUCCAGGAUGGAAGGAUUCUCUCUGGGGUCAACUUUGCUCGGCAAGUUUACCGUUGGUUCGCAACUCAUCACGACAGCGGCUUAAUCGACCAAGCGGUGGCCAGACUUGGACAAUCCAAGCCUUUCCUACGUGGCCUUGAACGCUACCUGACGGUCGCUGAAAGGGAAAAUCGCCGAACAGAAUCCAGUGACCCAAAGGAGUUCACUCCUCUUCCUCAGGAUCUCCUGAAAUCCUGGAGUGACGCGCUAGCACUGCGUCACUGGGCUCGGGUUCGCACGAGUCGGCCGGUUAACCCAGUACCAGGGGAUAUUCCCAAGGACUUUGAGGAGAAAGCUCGCCUGGCAAAGUACAUUUUCGAUGGGAUGGUCGCCGAGCCCGCGAAUAUGGUCGAAAGGCCAAAGGUUGGUGGGCAAGACAAGGGCCACGAGCAGGGAAAGAGCAAAGGGCCAGAAAUCCAUGCUCAAGUGAAGCGGGUCAGGGAAAUGUCUGACUUAAAGAAGUAUAUCCUGAGCUGGGACUGGUUGGUUAAUGCAAUUGAUGCGGAGAAGGGAACGCCCGACACCGUUCUCUACUGUAAUGAGGCAUUCCCUAAGAAUGGGGACUAUAAAAACUUCCGGGAGAGAAUUCAGUCCACCCAUGAAUUAGUCUCGGUAGCCUCGCUGGUGAAUGCGACCCAGCCAGCUUACCUCACUCGCUUUGCUGCUAAUCCUAAGCAGGAGCUUUCCACCAAGGUGUUAAACAAGGGCACCAACGCCACGCGAACCCGGCAAGUUCAAGCCGGUCAGAAGGUGCUUGCUGCAAACGCAGCGAAGCCACAAGGACCAAAGACGACAAAAUUGCCCGUGAAGGCCACGCGAAUAAAUAGCGAAACAGCCACACUUGGCCCCCUGAUGAGACUAGCCGAGGAGUACGAGCUCCAGGCGGCUAGAAAUGGGUACCAAAGUGCAGUGUCCGAGCCUGAGCUCGCCGGACAAGCCAGUGCCUCGGAGCCUCAGAGCUACAAUGGCAACGGUGUCUCGUCAAACACCGGUGUUGGCUCGUCUAAUACUCUUUUCGACGUGGACCGAACCUCCUUGGAACAGGGCACACGGGCGGCCGAAUUCGUCACAAACCCUAUGUCCGCCGCCAGUGAAUCGUUCAUGGCGCUGCGGGCACAGACUGGAAAUGCGGCACCUUUUGCCUCUAGUAUUGCGGCUCCAACCCUUACCGCAGACAAUAAUCCGCCGGAGACCAUUGCGAAUGACAAUUUCGACUGGGACUAUUGGAUUGACCAAGCUUGGGUGGGCGGUGAGGAACCCAAUGACAGCGAGGAUGAGUCCUGA